AUGUCUUGUCCCCGGUACAAUUCCUUUGAGACUGCUCCGAAUCCUGGCCCAACACGGGUCAAUUGCGCUUUCCCAUGGACCGAAACGGAGGAACCCAACAACAUUAGAGGCCUCGAAUCCUGUGGCGUCUCUUUCAAGCGCGAUUGGUUGAUCGACGCGAGAGAAGGGAACCAUGGUUUCUUCACGAAAACAAGAGAGUUGUACUAUUACCUACGAAAGUAUAUCCACGACUAUAUGUUGAAGGUAACGUCGUAUUACCUCCCACGAGCAUACUGCGGACUCCCACGGCUUUCAGAUGACGGUACAUUCUUCAAAGGCGAACCGCUUAAGAGCGAUUUUGAUUUGGGCUCUUUCGGCGUGGUAGGUCGAAGACGUCUCCUCUGGGCGUUCUUGCGAUACGAGCUUAUGAAUAGAAUUCGUUUCUACAAGGCAACAGUGGACAGCAGCUAUACGCCCCCACCCCGGUUAAGCCAACGAGAGGGUCGACCGUUUCUCUCAUGGGAAGAUGAGGCCAUCCGGUGUGUUCAAACAUAUGUUUCAAGUUUAUACGCGGCCCAUUAUGCCCAAUGGGACGGUAUCCGACUACCAGCUACUGACUCUUCACAUCUAUUAUGUCCGCCGGGACUCAGGCCUGCACACCAUUCGUUCCAAAGGAUGGGCUGGGUGAUGUUCCAGGCCAAGAAGUGGUCCUUGCCCACGCAGGUAAUGGACAGGCUUGGGGAGUAUGGCUUUGGCGUUGUGACAGAACUCUUAUAUGACGCAAGGAAAGCGAGAGAGGAUCAAGAAGAGCCAGAACGGCUCCGUAAUCUUCUAUGCAGGCUCAAAGGUUGGGAUCACGGUGAGCUGGACGAUGUGCACAAGGCACGUGUGACCACGAUAUGGGAAGACUUCAAAAAUGGUAGACAUGUUCCUGAUCUUUGUGCCCGAAUGAUAUGGCAGGACAACUGUCCCACCACUGAAGCCUGGGAAUGUUACAGGCAACGCGCUUGGGUCUUUUUCGAUGAUGCACGACUUCAUCCUCAGCACAGUGCUUUGGUUGACCUGCCUGAGAUACCGACAAGCACUGAUCAGUUGGACACUGAUCAUUCGGAUUCAGAGCCUGGUCAUGUCAUUGUCUGUGGUGACCAUAACCAUGGCUAUUACGGGUCAGUAUUGUAUAAGGACGGUUGA